AUGGAAGAUCGGAUCAGUGGAUUGCCAGAUGAACUUCUUUGCCACAUACUUUCUUUCCUUUACACAAAGGAAGCUGCAAAGACCAGCAUUUUAUCACACAGAUGGAAAAAUGUGUUGACUUCUGUUUCUAGCUUUGACUUCUGUGUUCAGUCACCAAAUAUGGUCUCAGAUCGUUGCGCGGGGUUCGUGGAUCGAGUACUUGCCCUUGGUGGCUCCUCAUACAUUCAUAGAUUGCGGCUCGAAUGUGCUAAUAUCGAGGAUUAUUUUUCCCGGAUUGAUGCUUGGAUUUGCACUGCUAUUUCACGUAAAGUUGUGGAACUUGAUCUUUGCUUGCUCUCGUAUUCGCGCCAGAGUAGUUUUGAGUUGCCUAGAAGCCUUUUCAUGUGCGACACAUUGGAGGUUUUGAGACUGAGGGUGAAAUCAAAUCUUAUUACCAAGCCUCCAACCUCAAAUUGUUUCCCUAGUCUCAAGUUUAUGCAUGUCACACUCUACCGUCCUUUUUAUGACUCAACACUCUACCGUACUUUUUAUGACUCAACUCGGAACCUCUUUUCUUGUUGUCCUGUACUUGAAGAUUUGAUUAUAGAUGGAUUUGUUCACCAUAAACCAGCUUUUCUAUUUAAUGUCUUUGCGCCUAAACUGAAAAGACUAGAAAUAAAUUUGUAUGUCAUUCUGGACAGAAAAUGUAAUCAUCCUAAUGGUUGGAAUCUGGAGGAUAAAUUUUGGAAGAAUGCAGAAUCCCUCAGCAAAGCGAAAAUCGCUCUCCGAGUGCCUGCAACGGGUUACCCUGGAGAUGUUUACUUAUGGCUAUUGCUUCAUUAUGCUGAUCAAUUAAGUAGGCUUUUAGCAGGAAUUAACAAGGUUACAUAUUUGUCAUUUGCAGCUCCAAUUUCGGAGGGUCCUGACGUUAUACAUCGAUAUCGUCUGCCUAAGUUUCAUAAUUUGAACCACUUGAAGCUACAUCUUCAAACUUGCUGUGCUUGGAAGUCAUUGACAAAGUGGCUCGACGUGUCCCCCAAGCUGGAACAUCUGGUGUUUAAAAAGAACAUACAGUGGUGCUGGAAACAUGCUGAGGGUUAUCUAGUAGCACAUAAAUGGCGUCCACCAGAAUCUGUGCCUGUUUGCUUGUUGUCCAGCCUCAAAACUAUUUGCAUACGGGGAUUCUGCGGGCGGCCGUACGAGAUGGAGGUGGCAAAGUAUUUGCUGAAGCACGGCGAGGUUUUGACUAAGGUGGCAAUUUUUUAUACCAAUGAUUUGGGUGUAGCAGAAGAGAUGAGGGUAUGGCAGGAACUUUCGAAGUUCCCAAGGGGUUCAAAGACUUGCCAAGUUGAACUUUUGGAACUCAAGUCCUAG